ACAGUGUCGAUAAUACCGCCGCGCACGAUUGUGUCUUAUCUGCACAUGUAAAUAAAGUAUAGAAUUAAACUUUUCAUAAACAUUUUGAUAAAGUAACGCGUGUACUGUAUACGUGUGCUAUGCCGCACCCAUAUUCAAUUGCAAUAUAUUUUUAUGUGUGCAAUUUACGUAACAAUUAAUAUUUUUUAAUUAACGAUUAAUGUUCAGCAACGUAAAUUUGUUUAUAAACAGAAUGUUGCGAGUGCUAUCUACAAAUAAAAUCCGACCCUUUACGUUGUAUUUCGUUGUUACUAUGCUGACAGUGUGGUGAAAGGACUGUCAACUUAAUUUUUAGAUGAACGUAAGUUAAGAAUUAAAUAGAGGCAAGGAACAUUAUCUACGCAGAAUUUUGGUUUACGGUGGACCAAGGGCUGACAAUAGCGCAACCAACACACUGAACACAAUUGUAUAAUACGUACAUACUUACACUACUCGCGCGUACCGAGAUUCGAGACUCCCCCACUCCGCCACCACCCCCUUCUCCUAUCACCUGUCUUCGCGACAGGUUCAGACACGCUUCAGUAUGGAAUGAACCAGCGUCCAUAGUAGACCUAGACCCGCACGAAAAGGGGUUGACGUAUCAAGAAAGUGUGUUUUAAUGAAACCGAGAGAUUUGCACAGUCAAUUAUUACGCAUAUGCGAUCACAACUGUGAAACACAUUUGGAGGCCCUUUACAGCCGAAUUCUCUCUUCCAAUGGGUACGAUAGAGGAAGGAUUGUGUGCUGACGACUCUGACUGUUCGGAGAAACAGUAUUGUUAUGAAGUAUCGCGACAAUGCGUGAAUUAUACUUUAUGUAGCAGAUACAACCGUCGAGAAAAUAAAAAGCCUGCUCAAAAUCCACGGCAAUGCGGACCGUGUCUGCCCGGUUAUACCGCAGAAGAACUUGGAACGGGAGAACUGGCUCACCUAUGCAAGAAAAUAAUCCCCCUUGACACUGUCCCUGGCAGUGACAGAUUAAAUAAUACUGGGAUUAUUUGUUGGUCAGUUGUAUCAGUGAUCUUCUUUAUUGUGAUGACUGUAUUAUGUGCAAUAUUCUGGAAAAGACGAGGUAGAAAGCGUCAGAACAACAAUUCUGAACUUUGCGGUGAUCUUGAAACUAUGCAACCAAGUGCUCCUCCGGAAAGCAGUCCCUUCAUAAACCGUAAGAAGGGUUUAUUACACAUGCCAUUCAGCAAAAUUUUGAAAGAUAAAAAUAGACUGGUGCAUACGAGCGUAUUCAAGCCCCCAUGUUAUGUCACAAACGAUCCGAAUUAUGAAAAUAAUUUAAAUAACAAUCAUGACGGUAUGAAUGCGUUACAAUUGCAUUCCACGUUUCGAAGAUCAUCAGUUAAUGAUAAUUCCAAUGCAUUAGCUCCAGCGCAAUUAGUACAGGGAGAGAUCACAGAAUAUGGGAUAGAACAAAUAGAAAAUAGUUCCAAUGCAGCCUUAGUUCAGAGAAACGAAUCCUCUUCUAAUGCAAGUGGAGAUGGUACUGCCAACAACAACCACAACAGCAACAACAACAGCAAUAAUAAUGAUAAUGGCAGUGGUAAUGCUUCUACAUCUGACUCAAAUACUCGUGAUGGUCGAGAACGAGCUCGGAGUUCAAAUAUUUUAAUUGCUCAAAUAAAUGUAAAUGUGCACAAUCGUGACUAUUGAUCCAAUAGAAGAAAGAAGAAAUGAUAUUACAAUGUAAUAUUUUAUCAUACAAGUGCCUGAUUUCUUCAUUUGGUCAUGAAAUAUCAAGAGAAUUUCAAACACAAGAAGAAAAGACUGUUGAAAAUAAGCACUUUAUAAUAAGCUUCCAAUUGUGUUAGCAAAUAUUGGAUAAAAAUGUAAUACAUUUAAGAAGACAUCUUCCUGAAGAUCCAUAUAUUUAUAUCGUCACCAAUUUUAAAAUAUUUGGUUACAUUGUUUACAUGUUAAAAGAUCAUUGCGAUCUAGUGAUCAUUAUUGAGACUUUGUUGUGUUUUAAAAACACAAUAUCUUUAGUAGAGAGGUAAGGGCAUUAGGAUAAAUUAACACAUAGAAUCAUUAUAAUCCAGAUUAGAUUAAUUACAUAAUCUUAAAUCUUUAAAGUUGGUACCGUUGUACCCAUAUUGUAUCUCGUAUAUACAUAAAAUCAUGGUCGCGAGAUUUUAUACUUGCGAACUAUUAUAAUAAACAUUUUAAGGGUCCACUAAAUUACAUAUCACAAUUAAAGAAUAUACUACUUGUAAAAAUGAUCUCUAUUCAAACAUUUGUAAUACAAAAUAAUCUUAAGAAUAUAUAAAUUUGCAUGCAAAAA